AUGGCAUGGGUUUAUGCCUUCUUUCAGGGCCGUCCCAGCGAGUCUGUGCAGGGCAAGAAGAAGGAAAAAAAUACGGCACAGGACUUGAAAUUGUCGAGACCCCCCCACUUCACCGCAAUAUCGAUGAUCCCAGAACAGGACAUUUCAUAUGCUUCCUCCCGUCAGGAGUCACAGAGGCGGCCUCUGUUCAACAACGUCCUCGAAACCACAAUCCGAGCAUGCGGACCAGAAGGGCGAAAUGUAAGAUGGGCCGUGUCCGGAUCGAACUUCAGGUUGGCUUGA